AGUUAGAAAUCUCCUAAAUAACACAAGCGCCUGUUCCAGCGCCAAAAGUAGCGACGUCCUUAGUUAAAAACUUUUAUGAAAUUGUAGAAAUGUCUAACGCAAAACUUAAUCCCCGGCAAUCUGGAGCUUUUAUCGUAGAGCAUGCUCAACACGUUCGAAUUAUACCCGCCGGCAUUGAAAAACUAACGCAAGAAAUCGUCAAAGGACUGAAAGAAAAGCGCAUUGCUGUGGAAAACUUCUCGCAACACGAAUUGCACCCUAAUCCGAAUACAAAUCAGGAUGAUUAUUCUAAAGCAGCCGAUUGGGUAUUUGUGCUGGACACCCUCAACUUUUGCUUCUGGACACCAAAUAACUAUACCAAAUACAAGGUUGAUGGCUAUACCGGCUACUUUGCUCUUUGCGCCGCUAUUAAGAGAGCCAUUAAAGAAGGUUUGGAUGUAAUCAAUCCCAAGUUCUAUUCUGAUAUUGAUCUAAAAACGCUGAAGAGCAUUUUUCGUUCUGACGAUGGGGAUACUGAGAUUCCCCUUAUUGAAAAACGUCUUGAGGCGCUUCAUGAAGUGGGAAAAGUUGUUAUUGAGAAAUACGAUGGAAAAUUUGAGAAUAUUAUUAAGAAAGCCGAGAAAUCUGCUGUGAGCUUACUGAAUCUCAUUGUGGAGGAGUUUCCCUGUUUCCGCGAUGAGGCGGAAUUCGCUGGGAAAAGAGUUUCCAUCUUAAAGCGAGCCCAGAUUCUAGUGGCCGAUGUCUGGUCCUGCUAUAGGGGUCAAGGUCUUGGCUAUUUCAAGGACAUUGAGCAGAUAACGAUGUUCGCUGACUAUCGCGUUCCUCAGGUGCUGGUGCACUUUGGAAGCUUGGAGUAUUCCCAUGAGUUAAUGGAGUUCCUAAAGUCGGACACUAUUCUGGAAAACGGCGAUCCCAGGGAGGUGGAAAUACGAGGCGCAUCUAUAUACAUCAUUGAACAAGUCAGGGAUGCGGUAAUAAAAGUACUCCAGGAGCAGCACCCCGAGAUCUCACUUGAUAAUGUAAACUCCAUUGUGAUCGACCAAUACCUGUGGGACUACCGGCGUCAGCAUAAUGCCGACUUGGAGCACAUCCCCUUCCACAAGGUUGUGAGCAUCUACUACUAAUCAGUGGGCAAAUAAAGACGGAUAUUUGUUAAA